UCUGUUAGCUUGACGAGAUCUUCAUUGUCAACCACAUUGAUCCCAAGCAUUAGCACGUCUAUUUUGCCUUACAAUACAACCGUCAUCGCAACACCAAACACAACAAGAAUGGUGACUUCAUCGAUCUCAUCCUCAACUGUAAAUGUGAGUGCUAUCUCGACGACAUCAUCGAUUGAAAGCACAAUCAUGGCAAGCGUUGCUUCUUCUAUCCAACUCAUCAUCACUUCACCAAAGACAACAAGAUUGGUGACUUCAACGAUCUCAUCGUCUACUGUAAAUGUGAGUGCUAUCUCGACGACAUCAUCGAUUGAAAGCACAAUCAUGGCAAGCGUUGCUUCUUCUAUCCAACUUAACAUCACCUCAAACACAACGAUGGCAGUUAACGACACGUUGAGGACGACAUCGACAAGUGCGGUUUUUCCAACAACGAUCACACCAUCACCCAAUAUUACAAGCUACAUUUUAUUGAUGACGUCGGCAGUGGGUAAUUUUACAAGCGCAACAAGUGUUGUCUUUGACUCGACUACUCCAAAUGCAACUACGUCACCAUCAUAUGUAGCCAAUAUGACGACACUGGAUUCUACUGUUAGCUUGACGAGAUCUUUAUUGUCAACCACAUUGAUCCCAAGCAUUAGCACGUCUAUUUUGCCUUACAAUACAACCGUCAUCGCAACACCAAAGACAACAAGACUGGUGACUUCAACGAUCUCAUCGUCUACUGUAAAUGUGAGUGCUAUCUCUACGACACCAUCGAUUGAAAGCACAAUCAUGGCAAGCGUUGCUUCUUCUAUCCAACUCAACAUCACCUCAAACACAACGAUGGACUAG